CACCCACACAGCCCCAACCAGAAACUCUUGUAGAAACCCAACUAGAAGAACUAGUCGAAGACAUCGAAGCCUUUAGGGUCAUUGCUGAAGAAUACUUCCUCAAAGAAUCUACAAAACAUGAAGCCCUAUUACAACAAAUUAUCCAAAAAUUUGGAAGAGAAAUUUCUUGGGUUAGUCAAAUAAAGGAUAACAUGGAAAAUGAAACCAGAAAUGACAACAAACUCGAACCCCAAUCCAUGGACUUAGACGAAGACCACCUGAUCAAAAUUCUGAGCUGGGGAGAGUCAGCUCACGGGCUCGAAUUCAAGGAAAAUAUAAAUAAUGACCAACUUUCAGACAUAAGCCUCGAUCAAGAUGAAUGGCACAAGUUAUUGAUACUUCCAAUAAAUAGGAAUAUUAUGACUUCUCGUAAAAGUAGGAAUAUUCACCAUAUGAAGAAUUAA